UGAUUGCCUGUGCUUCACUAAUUUCUAUAACCAAGCUGGAGUGGAAUCCAAAAGAAAAGGACUAUGUAUAUCACGUGGUGAGUGCGAUCUGCGAGUGGACUGUGGCCUUUGGUUUUAUUUUCUACUUUCUAACAUUCAUCCAAGAUUUCCAGAGUGUCACCCUAAGGAUAUCAACAGAAAUCAAUGGUGAUAUUUGAAGAAAGGAGAAUCCUAUGUCAUUCAAUGAAUGUCACAGACAGUUUUUAGAAGUGAUACAGAGGAUGGACAGGGUUUUGAGGCCAUCCUGACCUGGAUGCAUCUGUGGCACAUCCAGAACUUGAAUUUCAUUAAGAAUUCCUGGUAGUUGUACUAUCUACAAAGGUAUGUUUUCUUAGAGAAUGUAGGGCAUUUAUCACACGGUAGCAAUGUUUUUAUACUUUUCUAACACACUUUUUAUAUUAACAAAUUCAAAAAUGGAGAAGAUAAGGCAUUACAGAAUAUGGAGAGCUCUUAUUUUUGUAUAGAUUUUGUCCUUGUGUGUGGAUGAUCUAUGGAAAUACGCUGUUAGGAAUUUAAGUUUAAUACAUUUAUUAAUAAGUAAAAUCAGGGAAUAUUCAUUUUAAAAUUUAACUUUAGAGGAUAAACUGCAUAACUUUUUUAUCAUAAGAGAAUUUACAAAAUUCAAUUUGUAGUGGUCACAUACUUAAGUCUUAAAGAUUUAGAUAAUAAAUGAACACUAAGAUACCCUGUUUUUUAACUGAACAAAGUAAAAUGCGUCAUUGAGAGGCCUUUUCACUACUCGCCAUGCACAAUUAACUCUAAGUGAAUGGGAAGGAAGACCUUGGUUUUGAAAUUUCUCUUCCUCUCUUCUCCCUGCCCAUUGGGCUGCAGCUUUCACCCUGCUGCUAAUUGAUGGGCCAUAGUGGAUGUAAUUCUGAGUGGGUUGGGUUCAGCGAGGUAGAUUGAAAAUUAUCAAAUCAUCCUUAAUUGUGACGGGCACAACUUGAUAUACAGUGUGACCCAGGAGCUGAAACUCACAACUCAAUUUCAUUUUAUGCCAGCAAAUAUGUCAAAAGAGCACAGGCUCAAGAGAGACAGGGAGAAAGGAAAGGGGGCAGUUGAAACCUUCAGGUGUGGGAUGCUGCUUAUUUGCAACUCCUUGUAAUGCCUGUGGCUGAAUGUUCCACAACACUUCAGGAAAUGGGAGUCAGGCCCUUUGUAUAAAGCAGGACCCACAGAGUCCACCUUGUCACCCAAAUCACCAAUGACAAGUGAACAGCAAGUUGUUCUGUGGGAACAAGUAGCCCCUGAAAUAUUGACAAGAAGGUACUCUCUUUGCAAUACCCCUGGAAUACAAACCUGGAUCUGACCAAGUGGGAGCAGCUCUUGAGGUCACAUCAUACCAAGGACCAAGCAGCCCAUUUGGACAGCUUUGGAGGGCACGAGCAGUGGGAAGCUUGAAAUGUCUCCUUAGUAACUCUUUGUAGAGUGAGUGAAAGAUGAGGCACACAGCAGUCCUCUACCUCUGCCAUGACAUCCUUCAUCUCCCCUAAGUAAAGCUCAAAACCAUAUGUAGGUCUACUACAACUUGUCACAGUACUGUGGACCCCCGUUGUAACACUGAAACUGAAAGACAAUGAUUAUGAAGAGGAAGAGGACCCCACUCACCUUUUCCAUGGAAUCCAUGGUAGAAUGAAUCCAUGGUUGUGCCUCACUUUGAGCAGACUUUUGUUAUCAUCACUUCUCAGGCCACAGAGACAUUCUUCAUUUUACAUCUCUCCACACAAUGAGAUUGAAAGCUCACUGGACACAGAUUAUGUGCCUCUAUUUUAGUAACGCCAGCAUUUAACACAGUGCCUCUUGGUACACGACAGGUGCUUAAUAACUACUCACUGCAUGAAUAAAUGAACAAAUGAAGGAACAACUAAGAAUGUUUGAGGUGCUGCAUAAUGGGGUUUGUUUACUCUUAUUUACUGGUUAUUUUAAUGUAAACAAAUAGUCUGUGCCACCCAGUAAUGUUGACUGUUUUGCUUUGUAUAAUGGAAGCAGUUCAGUUGUUUGGACUUCAUGAUUCUAUGACAACUCUCUUCAGACAGUUUCCACAGAAAUUGUUACAUGGGCUAGAUCACACGGUAUACCAGUCUUGGCAAACCGAGAAGGCCAAAAAUCACUCCAGACGAUCACAUUCUACUGGUUCCAUGCAACUUGUAAUAUCUGCAUUUUGGUAUUAUUUUUCAUUUCUGUGAAUUUACAUUUCCUUGGACCUAUUGGUGAAAGAGUAAAAUAAAAUGAAAUAUUUAUUUAGUAAUUUGUGUCUGUUAUAUUACAAUAUGUUACCUGGGCACUACUAGGAAGUGUAUUUAUCUGGAAGAUGAGUUUAGAUCCUCUUGGACUUUACAAAGGUAUGGCUUCAACUUUGUUUUUUUUAAUUUAUGUUAUUUGCAUGUGGGCAUGAUAGAUUCAUCUUUUUUGUUUUCUUCUUCCGUACUGGGGAUUGAACUCGGUUUUGUGCUUGCAAGGCAAGCACUCUACUGCU